AUGUCAGACAACAACAACGAUCAUUUCUUUCUCUCUGGGUGGAUUGCAACCGCAGAUGCCGCCAGGGUUCGUGCCGCUUUGGUGGAGUGUGGCUACACGCUCACACGUGUUGGCAAUGUCUUGACUAUUGGCAUCCCCGCUACUAACAACGCCGAAGGUGGGCACAAUGAUGGCGGAAGCGACGGAGGAAGCGACGGCGGGAGCGACGGCGGGAGCGAGCAUAGUGACGGAUCAGAGACUGUUAGCGUUUUGGAACAUGAAGAGGCGGAAGAGGUGGUGGAAGAUGCGGCGGACGAUGUGGGCGAUCUUGAAGAAGUGACUCGCAGGUUCAGGCGUGGUGUCAGGGUCAAUCGCCGUCCUCCUCCUCCUGCAAGCGACUCUGAUGAUGAACAGGAUAACUACAUCGCUUCCCAGGACUUUUUUUUCUAG